AUGGCGGCUCCACGAUCGUUCACCCUGCAAGAAGUCGCCGAACAUGAUGGUGAGUAUGACCCAUACAUGGUCAUCCGGAAUAAAGUAUACGACUGUACUUCUUUCCUCAAAAAGCAUCCCGGAGGAAAGGAAGUCUUGUUGGAGGUCGCUGGGACGGACGCUACCGAGGCGUACGAAGAAGUUGGCCAUAGCGAAGAAGCCGAUGAGAAGUUGGAAAGGCUGUAUAUUGGGGAGUUGAUUGCCGCCCCGGCCAGCGUAAGUUGA